AUCGAUUCCCAAAUAUUGGAUCACUUCACUAUUUCGCAAUCGCAUGGCCAGCUGCGAUGGCAGCGCCUCCCCGGAAGUGCCGUGAUGAAUGUGAUCAGAUGCCAACAAGCCGUCAAACUGCCAUGUCAUGGAUGUUAUCCCCGUUUGGUUUGGUACUCGCAUGGCCUUCAAUAUUGAAGCUGGUAUCAGAUUCAGGGGGAGAUUUACCAACAAGAGCGCCACCUAUCAUCCAUACACAGUAAUGGUCUUCUCUUGAGGAAGUUCUCAGCUGAGAGAUGAGGCGCCUACAUAGUAUAUGUAGGUAGGCUACUGCACUUCAGCAGCAGUCUGUCUGGCCCAAAAAGGCCAAAGAACGGCAAUCGCUUCCUUCCCUGGGCCCGGCCCCCUCUGCUCUGCCAAACCUUUCGCCAUCAUGGUACAGAUUCUCGCUGUCAUUGGCCUCGGCCUCGGCAUCUUCGGUACCGCAUCUGCCCAGUCAUAUGACCCCGUCGCAGCCACCGCCGUUUCUGCCGCAGCUCCUGUACACAAGGUGAUUGCGCGUUGUGACGACAGCAUCAGUGUAUGCGCAAGCCAGUUCGAAAAGAUCGUAACCGUCUACGAGCAUGAUGUCACCUCUAUACAAACAAAAUGGGUUACUACCAAUGUCACACUGCCAACGACGACUAUCACAAGCACGGUGGUGACGAUCGAGAAACGGUACAACAAGACAGAAAUAGAUGCCCUCUGCGAAAAAACAUUUGUCGUCACGUUGCCCGGGACCUCGACCGUGACGGUUCAGCUCAACUCUACGCACAUCAACAAGAUCAUCCCGACGACUACGACGUCGACCACGUCGACAAUUACGCAGUACGAGACUGAGGUCAGCGUGUGUCUUGUCCAGGGCACACAUCAGUUUCCGCUCCGACCACGUAACAACGGCCAACAAGAAGAGCCUGUUGCUUCCAGUGCUGCCCCCAGUGCUGGCUCCAGUACCGCUCCCAGUGCCGCUCCCACGGCUGUGAGACUCGGCGACGCUGAGGCUUACGCUGAGGCUAUCCCAGAUCCUAGGGUUGAGCAAGCUGAUGAAGACUUGGAAGACGAAGAUGGGGGCGGUCAUGACGAGCUCUGAUUCGAUUCGACAAGAGAACCUUGCGUACAUAGCUUGACUGGGAGGACUGCUGCUGCACCAUAACGUCUACAUACCUAUAUCCUUCCUGUAUAUUAUAUUAUUCGAUGUUGAUUUAAUUAUCCUGUUCCCUCAGCACCGUGGUGCCGAGUCAGAAUGUCCAUUCCCACGGCAAGAUGGCGUUUGCUAGGCUAGUCGAUGACGGCUAGUGAAUCCCUGGGUUGUAUUCUUUU